GGACAGGCAUUCUCGCCGCACCUGCCCAGAGCCCAGCCCGCUGUGUGUCCCGGGGAGCCCACGGAGCCAGCUGGGCAGCUGACAGGACCUGCACCACCCCGCAGCCGGCAUGGGCCCACCGAGGCCCGAGCUGCUGCUGCCGCUGCUGCUGCUGCUGCUGCUCCCAAACGCGGGUGCCCAGGCUGAAGACAAACUGCCAGAAAAUGUCAACCCAAGCUGUCCAAAAGAGGCAACUCGAUUCAAGCACCUCCGGAAAUAUGUAUACAGCUAUGAGGCAGAGAGCUCCAGUGGCAUCCCCGGGAAGGCUGAUUCCAGAAGUAUCACCAAGAUUAACUGCAAGGUUGAGCUGGAGGUUCCCCAGCUCUGCAGCUUCGUCCUGAAGACCAGCCAGUGCACCCUGAAAGAGUUACACGGCUUAAACCUUGAGGGCAAGGCUCUGCUGAAGAAGACCAAGAACUCGGAGGAUUUUGCAGCUGCCAUGUCCAGGCACGAACUCCGGCUGGCCUUCCCCGAGGGGAAGCGAGUCUUCCUUUACCCAGAGGAGGAGGAACCCAAACACAUCCUGAACAUCAAGAGGGGCAUCGUGUCUGCUCUCCUGGCUCCCCCGGAGACGGAAGAGGACACGCAAGAGCUGUUUCUGGACACGGUGUACGGAAACUGCUCCACACAUGUUGUGGUGAAGACCAGGAAGGGAAACGUGGCCACAGAGAUGUCCACAGACAGAAACCUGCAGGAGUGCACCGGCUUCCAGCCCAGCAGCACCGGCGCCAGCCCCCUGGCCCUCAUCAGAGGCCUGGCCCGCCCCCUGUCCACCCUGGUCAGCAGCAGCCAGUCCUGCCAGUACACCCUGGACCCCAAGAGGAAGCACGUGUCAGAAGCCGUCUGCAGGGAGCAGCACCUGUUCCUGCCUUUCUCCUACAAGAAUAAGUACGGGAUGAUGACCCAGGUUACACAGACUUUGAAACUCGAAGACACACCUAAGAUCAACAGUCGAUUCUUUGGUGAAGGUGCCCUGAAGGUGGGGUUGGCCUUUGAGAACACCAAAUCCACGUUCCUGCCAAAGCAGGCCGAAGCUGUUUUGAAGACCCUCCAGGAACUGAAAAAACUAACAGGCUUUGAGCCGCAGGUGCAGAGAGCAAAUCUCUUCAGCAAGCUGGUCACCAACCUGAGAGGCCUCAGCAGCGAGGACAUCACGUCGCUGCUGCCACGGCUGAUCGAGGUAUCCAGCCCCAUCACUUUGCAAGCCUUGAUUCAGUGUGGCCAGCCCCAGUGCUACACCCACGUCCUUCAGUGGCUAAGAAGUGAGAAAGCUCACCCACUUCUGAUAGACGUUGUAACCUACCUGGUGGCCCUGAUCCCAGACCCCUCAGCACAGAUGCUGCGCGAGACCUUCAACAUAGCCAAGGAGCAGCUGAGCCGGGCCACCCUGUACGCGCUGAGCCACAUGGUCAACAACUAUUUUGAGACAACUCGUACACCAAACCAGGACCUGCGGGACAUUGCUAAUUACCUUCAGGAGCAGAUCCAGGAUGAAUGCGCUGGGGAUGAGGAACACACCUACUUGAUUCUGAGGGUCAUCGGAAAUAUGGGUAGAACCUUGGACAACAUAACACCAACCAUCAAGUCUUCCAUUCUGAGAUGUAUCGGAAGCUCAAAACCAUCCAUGCUGAUUCAGAAAGCUGCUAUCCAGGCCCUGCGGAAGAUGCAACUUGGAGACGAGGCCCAGCAGCUCCUUCUCCAGACCUUCGUGGACAGCGCCUCUCCAGGGGACAAGCGACUGGCCGCCUACCUCACGCUGAUGAAAAAGCCUUCCCAGUCUGACAUCGGCAGACUCAUCCAGCUUCUCCCACGAGAGGAGAACGAGCAAGUGAAGAACUUUGUGGUUUCUCACAUUGCCAACAUCUUGAGCUCAGAAGAGCUGUAUAUUGGAGGUCUGAAAGCCUUAGUGAAAGAAGCUUUGAAGGAUUCCCAACUUCCAACAAUCAUGGACUUCAGCAAAUUUUCCCGGAACUAUCAAUUUUCCAAAUCUGUUUCUCUUCCUUCACUUGACCCAGUCUCGGCCAAAAUUGAAGGGAAUCUUAUAUUUGAUCCAAAUAAUUAUCUCCCGAAAGAAAGCAUGCUGAAAACAACCCUGACUGCCUUCGGAUUCGCUUCAGCUGACCUCUUUGAGAUUGGCUUAGAAGGAAAAGGCUUCGAGCCAACGCUAGAAGCUCUUUUCGGGAAGCAAGGAUUUUUCCCAGACAGCGUCAGCAAGGCUUUGUACUGGGUCAAUGGUCAGGUCCCUGAUGGCGUCUCCAAGGUCUUGGUGGACCACUUUGGCUAUACCAAAGAUGACAAACACGAGCAGGACAUGAUAAAUGGAAUCAUACCCAUCGUCGACAAGCUGAUUAAAGAUUUGAAAUCAAGAGACCUCCCAGAAGCCCGAGCUUACCUCCGUAUCCUGGGCAAAGAGCUUAGCUUUUUCAGGCUUCAAGAUCUUCGGCUCCUGGGGAGGCUGCUGCUGAGUGGGGUGCACGCUCUGCGGGGAAUCCCCCAGAUGAUUGGAGAGGCCCUUAGGGAAGGCUGGAGGAAUGACUUGUUCCUUUACUACAUCUUCAUGGACAAUACCUUCGAGCUCCCCACGGGAAUGGGGUUACAGCUGCAAGUAUCCUCAUCUGGAGUCACCACCCUGGGGACCAAAGCUGGAGUAAAACUGGAAAUGGCCAAAAUGCAAACUGACCUGGUGAUGAGGCCCUCCGUGUCCGUGGAGUUUGUGACAAGUAUAGGCAUCAUCAUGCCAGAUUUCGCACGGAGUGGGGUCCGAAUGAAUACCAACGUCUUCUGUGGGUCCAGCCUGGAGGCCCAUGUGGCCUUGAAAGCUGGGGAGCUGAGGUUCAUCGUUGUGUCUCCAAAGAGGCCCAUCAAGCUGUUCAGCAUCAGCAACACAUUGCAUUUGGUUUCUACCACCAAGACAGAAGUGCUCCCACCCCUCAUUGACGGCAAGCAGUCCUGGGUAAACUGCAGGCCUCUUAUCCCUGGCCUCAACUUCUGCAGCACCGACGCCCCCUCCAAUGCCAGCGCCACAGAGUCUGCCUCCUACUACCCGCUGACAGGGAACAUCAGAUAUGGGCUGGAGCUGAGGCCCACCGGAGACGUAGAACAAUAUUCUGUGGGCGCCACCUACGAGCUCCAGAGAGAGGAAAAUGCCCUAGUGGACAGACUGAAGUUUGCCAUCCAGGCAGAAGGGAAGAAGACAACCGAAGCUACUUUAGUGUUCAAGUAUAACCGAAGGAGUAAGACCUUAUCCAGCGAAAUGCAAAUUCCAGAUCUUGACAUUGACCUUGGCACCAUCCUUAGGGUCACUGAUGAGUCUUCCAACGAUGAAAAGUCUUACAAACUCAACCUAGACUUUCAGAACAAGAAAAUCACUGAAGUUGCAUUCACGGGCCACGUAAGUCAUGACACGAAUGGGGAAGGCAAAAUCAAAGGCGUUAUUUCCAUACCCCGUUUGCAAGCCGAAGCCAGAAGUGAGAUCUCAACCCACUGGUCCCCCACCAAGCUGCUGCUUCAUAUGGACUCCUCGGCGACAGCGUACGGCUCGGCCAUUUCCAAGAGGGUGGUGUGGCGUUACGAUGAUGAGAAGAUCGAAUUCCAGUGGAACACAGGAACCAAUGUAGAUACUAAAAAAGCGGCUGCCAGUUUCCCUGUGGACCCCUCUGAUUAUCUCAGAAGCCUGCAUAUGCAUGCCAAUAAACUGCUAGAUCACAGGAUUCCUCAAACAGGCAUGACUUUCUCGGAGAUGGGCUCCAAAUUAAUAGUAACAACAAACACAUGGCUCCAGGAAGCAGCCAAUGGACUUCCUUAUGCCCAGAUUUUACAAGAUCAUCUCAGCAGCUUAAAAGAGCUGAACCUCGAAAAAAUGUGGUUACCGUAUUUCCACCUCCCUGACAACCUCUUCUUGAAAAGUGAUGGGCGAAUCAAAUAUAUCUUGAACAAGAACAGCAUCAAGGUUGAAAUUCCUUUGCCUUUUGGCGGCAAAUCAUCCAGAGAUUUAAAGAUGUUAGAGACCAUUCGAACACCAGCCCUCAGCUUCAAAUCCCUGGGAUUUCAGCUACCAUCUCAAGAGUUCCAGGUCCCCUCGUUCACCAUUCCCGAAGUAUAUCAGCUGCGAGUGCCUCUACUAGGAGUCCUAGACCUCUCCACAAAUGUGCACAGCAACUUGUACAAUUUGUCCGCCUCCUACACUGGUGGCAACACCAGCAGAGAUCACUUCCGCCUCCAAGCACGGUACCACAUAAAGGCUGACUCUGUGGUCAACCUGCUGUCCUACAGCCUGCAAGGAUCGGGAGAAACAACGUAUGACCACAGGAAUACCUUUACACUGUCAUGUGAUGGCUCCCUACGGCACCAAUUGCUGGACUCAAAUGUCAAGCUCAGUCAUGUAGAAAAAAUUGGAAACAACCCAGCCUCCAAAGGUGUACUCACAUUUGAUAUAUCUAGUACCUGGGGACCACAGAUGUCUGCUUCGGUCCAUUUGGAUUCAAAAAUGAAACAGCAGUUGUUUGUCAAAGAUGUCAAGAUUGACGGACAGCUCAGGGCCUCCUCAUUCUAUGCUGAGGGCACUUAUGGCCUGACGUGUCAGAGGAACCCGACCACUGGCCAGCUAAGAGGGGAGUCCAACCUGAGAUUUAACUCCUCCUACCUCCAGGGCACCAACCAGAUGACAGGAGUGUAUGAGGAUGGCGCCCUGUCCCUCACAUCCACCUCUAAUCUCCAAGGUGGCACCCUUAAAAACACCGCUUCGCUGAAGUACGAAAACUACGAGCUGACCCUGAAAUCUGACACCAGUGGCAACUAUGAGAACUUGGCCACCUCUAACAAGGUGGACCUGACCUUCUCUAAGCAAAACGCAUUGCUGCGUUCUGAGUAUCAGGCUGAUUACAAGUCACUAAAGUUCUUUUCCUUGCUGGCUGGAUCCCUGAAUUCCCAGGGCGUUGAACUGAACGCAGACAUUCUGGGCACUGACAAAAUUAAUGCAGGUGCUCACAAGGCCACCCUAAGGAUCACCCGUGAUGGGAUCUCUACCAGUGCAACAACCAACUUGAAAUACAGCCCCCUGUUUUUGGAGAACGAACUGAAUGCGGCACUCGGCCUCUCUGGGGCAUCUAUGAAGUUAGCAGCAAACGGCCGCUUCAGAGAACACAGCGCAAAAUUCAGCGUGGAUGGAAAAGCCGCCCUCACAGAGGUGUCCCUGGCAAGUGCCUAUCAGGCCAUGCUAAUGGGUGUGGACAGCAAGAAUGUCUUCAGCUUCAGACUCAGUGGAGAAGGACUGAAGGUCUCAAACGACCUGAUGGGCUCCUAUGGGGAAAUGACCCUGGACCACGCCAACAGUCUGAGCAUUGCAGGACUGUCGCUGGAGUUCUCUUCCAAACUUGACAACAUCUAUAGCGCUGACAAGUUUUACAAGCAGAAUUUUAACUUUCAGCUUCAGCCCUUCUCUCUUGUAACUACUUUAAACAACGACCUGAAAUACAGCGCUCUGGAUCUGACCAGCAGUGGAAAGUUACGCCUAGAACCACUGAAGCUGAACGUGGGCGGUAACCUGAAAGCAGCCUACCAAAAUAAUGAAAUAAAGCACAUCUACACCAUUUCCUACGCUGACUUAUCAGCAAGCUACAAAGCAGAUACUCUAGCUAGGAUUCAGGGCGCGGAGUUUAGCCAUCGGCUCAGCACGGGCAUCGCCGGGUUGGCCGCCUCGGUUGACAUCAGUACGAACUAUCACUCGGACUCCCUGCGGUUCAACAGCGCUGUCCACUCUGCGCUGGCCCCGUUUACCGUGGCCAUUGACGCACAUGUGAAUGGCAAUGGGAAACUGGCCCUCUGGGGAGAACACACCGGGCAGCUGUAUAGCAAGUUUCUGUUGAAAGCAGAACCUUUGGCUCUUACUUUCUCUCAUGAUUACAAAGGAUCCACGAGUCACAAUCUCUCGUCCGGGAAAAGCAUCAGUGCGGCUCUUGAUCACAGACUCAGUGCCCUGCUCACUCCGACCGAGCAGACCAGCACCUGGAAACUCAAGACCCAGCUGAACAACCAUGAAUACAGCCAAGACUUUGAUGCUUACAACACCAAAGAUAAAAUCGGCGUGGAGCUCAGCGGGCGAGGCCUGGCUGACCUCACCGUGCUAGACUUCCCAAUUAAAGUGCCACUUCUGCUCAGUGAGCCCAUCAAUGUCAUAGAUGCUUUACAGAUGAAAGAUGCCAUCGAGCAGCCCCAAGAAUUCACAGUUGUUGCUUUUGUGAAAUAUGAUAAGAACCAAGAUGUCCACACUAUCAGCCUCCCAUUCCUUAAAACACUGCCGGAAUAUUUGGAGAGAAAUCGAAUAAUAAUUAUAACUACACUGGAAAUCAUACAGAGAGAACUGAAACGCAUCGAUAUUGAUCAGUUUGUGAAGAAAUACGGUGCAGGCUUGAGCAAACUCCCACAGCAAGUUAGUGAGCAUCUAAAUGCACUCGACUGGGAGAGACAAAUUGCCUGUGCCAAGAAGAAACUGACUGCUUUUGCAGAAAAUUACAGAAUCACAGAAAAUGAUCUACAAACUGCAUUGAAUACUGUCAAAAUCAACCUUAAUGAAAAACUCUCUCAGUUUCAGACAUAUGUGAUGCAAUUUGAUCAUUAUAUUAUAAAUAAUUAUGAUCUACGUGAUGUAAAAAGAGCUAUUGCUAAGAUUAUUGAUCAAAUUACUAAACGUUUAAAAAGUCUUGAUGAACGUUAUCAGAUCCGUGUAACUUUAGUAAGAACAAUCCACAGUCUAUAUUUGUUUGUUGAAAAUGUUGAUUUUAACAAAAUGGCAAGCAGUACAGCAUCUUGGAUUCAAAAUGUAGAUACUCAGUACCAAAUCAGAGUCCAAAUACAGGAAAAAUUAGAGCAGAUCAGAACACAGAUUCAGAACCUAGAUAUCCAGGAGCUUGCUGCAAAGUUAAAACAGCAGGUUGAAGCUAUUGACAUCAGAAAACUUUUAAAUCAACUCAGAGCUACAAUUCCAGUUCAAAAAAUAAAUACUAUUAUUGAGCAUGUCAAAUACUUCGUUAUAAAUCUUAUCAACGAUUUUGAAGUAGUUGAGAAAAUCAAUGCCUUUAGAGCUGUAGCCCAUGAGUUAAUUAAGAAAUAUGACAUAGACAGACAGAUCCAAGUUUUAAUAGAUAAAUCAGUACAGUUAGCCCACCAAUAUAAACUGAAGGACAUGGUUCAGAAAUUAAGCAAUGCUCUACAACAAGUUGAUAUAAAAGAUUGCUAUGAGAAACUGCUUGUGUUUAUUGAUGAUAUUAUCAGGGAGCUUAAAGAAUUUUCUUUUAAAACAAUCAUUGAAGACGUAAACCAUUUGCUUGAUAUAUUGGUAAAGGAAUUAAGGUCAUUUGACUACCACCAGUUUGUAAAUGAAACCAAUGACACAAUCCGUGAAGUGAUUCAGCUAGCCAAUAGUUAUCUGGACCUACCACAGAAAGCUGAAGCACUGAAAUUGUUUAUAGAGGAUGUCAAGGUCAUGCUUUCUGCCUUUCUGGAAAAGCUGAAGGACACCAAAAUAACCUUAUUUGUUGAUUGGUUACAGAAUGCACUAAAUUCUGCAUAUUUCCUUCCCAUAAAAGCAAAAUUCCAAGAGACUCUAGAAGACAUGCGAGACCGAAUUUACCAAAUGGAUAUCCAGCACGAACUUGAGCGAUACCUGUCUCUGGUAGGACAGGUCUACAACACGUUAGUCACCUACAUCUCUGACUGGUGGGGUCUUACUGCUAAGAACCUCGCUGACCUUGCAGAGCAAUAUUCUAUCCAAGCCUGGGCUGCAAAUGUGACAGCUUUGGUGGAACAAGGGUUCACUGUCCCUAAAAUCCAGACCUUUCUUGGGACCAUGCCUGCCUUUGAAGUCAGUCUUCGUGCUCUUCAGCAAGCCACCUUCCAGACUCCAGACUUCGUAGUUCCCCUGACAGAUCUGAAGAUUCCAUCAGUUCGGAUAAACUUCAAAGAGCUGAAAGACAUAAAAAUCCCAUCCAGGUUCUCCACGCCUCAAUUCACUAUCCUCAACACGUUCCACAUCCCUUCCUUUACAAUUGACUUGAAAGACAUAAAAGUCAGGAUUAUCCGAACCAUCGAUCAGAUGCUGAGCAGUGAGCUCCGGUGGCCGGUCCCCGAAGUAUACCUAAGGGACCUGAAGGUGGAGAACAUCCUUCCUGCCAGACUCAUGCUACCAGAUUUCAGUUUACCAGAAAUCACAAUCCCAGAGUUUGCAAUCCCGAAUCUCAACCUUUCAGAGUUUCGAGUUCCCGACCUUCACAUCCCAGAAUUCCAGCUUCCUCCCAUCUCACACACUGCCAAGAUCCCUGCUUUUGGCAAGCUCAAUAGCAUUUUGAAAAUCCAGUUUCCCCUUUUCACCAUAGAUGCACAAGCUAAUGUACACAAUGUGACUAUUUCAGAGCACCAAGCGGGAAUUGAAGCUUUCAUCGGUGCCAAAGGAGAGUCCAAAUUCGAAAUUUUCAAUUUUGAUUUUCAAGCAAAUGCACAACUCUUGGAGCCUAUGACCGAUCCACUGCUUCUGAAGGAAUCCAUGAAUUUCUCCAGCAAGUACCUAAGAAUGGGGCAUGGAAGUGAAAUAGUAUUUUCUACAAAUGCCAUUGAGGGAAAAUCAGGCACCGUGGCAAGUUUUCAUACCGAAAAAAACACACUGGAGCUUAAGAAUGGCAUGAUAGUCAAGAUAAAGGACCAGCUUACCCUGGAUAGCCUCACGAAGUACUCCCACAAACUGAACAUCCCCAAACUAGACUUCUCCAGCAAGGCCGAGCUGAUUAAUGAUGUCAACACGCGCUUGGAGGCUGGACACGUAACGCUGACCUCUUCUGGAGCAGGGUCAUGGAAAUGGGCCUGUCCCAACUUCUCAGAUGAGGGGACACACGAGUCACAAAUCAGCUUUACCAUGAAAGGACCCCUUGCCUCCCUUGAAUUGGCCAAUAAGAUCAACAGCAAACACGUAAGAGUGACCCAGAACCUGGCUUAUGAAUCUGGCUUCCUGAACUUCUCUAAAUUUGACAUUACAUCAGAUGUGGAAUCCCAGCAUGUGGGCCAUAGUGUUCUCAACGCUAAAGGCAUCGCCCUACUUGAUAAAGGGAAGGUAGAAAUAACUGGAGACCACAAUGCUCAUUUAAAUGGAAAAGUGAUUGGAACUUUGAAAAACUCUCUUUUCGUUUCAGCCCAGCCAUUUGAGAUGACUGCGUCCGCCAAUAAUGAAGGAAAUUUGAAAGUUAGCUUUCCCUUAAAGCUGACAGGGAAGAUAGACUUUUUAAAUAACUAUGCACUACUUGUGAGUCCUGCUGCCCAGCAGGCAAACUGGCAGGCAAGUGCUAGGUUCAAUCAGUAUAAGUACAAUCAAAACUUCUCUGCCCUUAACAAUGAGAACAGCAUUGAAGCUCAUGUGUCCAUCAAUGGAGACGCCAACCUGGAAUUCCUAAAUGUUCCUUUAACAAUCCCUGAAAUGAAUGUAUCUUACAUAGCACUCACAACUCCCUCACUGAAAGAUUUCAACAUCUGGGAAGCAACUGGCUUGAAAGAAUUCCUGAAAACAACAAAGCAAUCAGUUGAUUUAAAUGUAAAGAUUCAGUAUAAGAAAAACAAAGACAAGCACUCCAUUGCAAUUCCUUUGGGAAGGUUUUAUAAGUUUAUCAAUGAGAAUGUCAAUUCCCUGGAUAGCUAUGUUGCGAAUGUCAGAGAUAAUUCUUUGGAUUUCCUUACUACAGCCUACAAGGCAGUGAAAUUUAAAUGGGAUGAGGUUAGAGCUGAAAAAUCCCGCAAUGCUCCCCCCAGGACCUUUCAGUAUCUUGGAUACACCAUUCCAGUCAUCAGCAUUGAGGUGUCUCCGUUCUCAGCAGAGAUAUGGCCCUUCAGCCAUGUGAUUCCCAAAGCAAUCAACACAUCUAGCUCCACUGUCCCUAGUUCUGAUUUCUCUGUGCCUUCAUACACGUUAGUUCUGCCAUCCAUCGAACUGCCAGAGCUUUAUAUCCCUAGGAAUCUAUUCAAACUUUCUCUCCCAGAUCUCAAGGAGUUGAGUGAUGUAAGCAGUCUUUUUAUUCCAGCCAUGGGCAACAUGACCUAUGAUUUUUCCUUUAAAUCGAGUGUCAUCACCCUGAAUACCAACGCUGGACUUUAUAACCAGUCAGAUAUUGUGGCUCAUUUCCUUUCUUCCUCUUCGUUUGUCAUCGAUGCACUACAGUACAAAUUAGAGGGCACUUUACGUUUGACGAGGAAAAGAGGACUGAAGUUAGCCACGGCUCUGUCUCUGAGUAACAAAUUUGUAGAAGGCAGUCAUGACAGUACCAUUAGCUUCACCAAGAAAAACAUGGAAGCAUCGCUAACCACAAGUGCAAAAGUCCACGUCCCAGUUCUGAGAAUGAAUUUCAAGCAUGAGCUUAAUGGAAAUACCAAGUCAAAACCUGCUGCCUCUUCAUCCAUUGAACUAAAGUAUGACUUCAAUGCCCCAGAGAUGUUCCCCACUGCAAAAGGGGCGAUUGACCACAAGCUCAGCUUAGAAAGCCUCACUUCAUACUUUUCCAUUGAGUCCUCUACCAAAGCAGAUAUCAAAGGGCUGGUCCUCUCACGGGAGUAUUCAGGAGCUCUCGCUAGUGAGGCCAGCACUUACCUGAAUUCCAAGGCUACCCGGUCCUCUGUGAAGCUGCAAGGUUCUUCUAAAGUUGAUGGUAUCUGGAACGUGGAAGUAAAGGAAAAUUUCGCUGGGGAAGCCACUCCCUUGCGGAUAUACACCAUGUGGGAACACAGCAUGAAAGACCGCUUACGGCCUCUCCUUUCCACACAUGGAGAGCAUACAAGCAAAGCUACCCUGGAACUGUUCCCGGGAGCAGUGUCAGCGCUUAUUCAAGUCCGUGCACGCCAGCUCAGUUCCCUCUUUGACAUUCCUCACGUUGGCCAGGAAGUGGUCCUGAACGCUAACACUGAGAACCAGAAGUUCGGCUGGAAGAGUGAGGUUCAGAUUCACUCUGGGACUCUCAAGAACAGUCUACAGCUUUCUAAUGACCAGAAAGAAGCACGCUUUGACAUUGCGGGAACCUUAGAAGGACACCUACACUUCCUGAAAUUUAUCAACCUACCAGUGUAUGACAAGAGUCUAUGGGAUCUCCUAAAACUGGAUGUAACCACCAGCCCUAGAAAGAGACAGCAUCUUCAUGCAGCUACGGCUCUUGUGUACACCAAAAACCCCAAGGGCUUUCCUCUGUCUGCCCCUGUGCAAGAACUGACUGAUAAAUUCGUUAUCCCAGGGCUGAAACUGAAUGAUCCGUACUCAGAUCUCAUCACACCCACAUUCCAAGUACCAUUUACGAAUCUUCAGGUUCCAUCGUUCAAGCUUGACUUCAGUGAAAUAAAAAUCUACAAGAAGUUAAGUUCAUCACCAUUUGCUGUCAGCCUACCAAAACUGCCCAAGGUAAAAGUCCCUCAAGUGAAUGUCUUCACAAAAUAUUCUGAGCCAGGAAAUUCCUCAGUGCCCUAUUUUGAGAUAACUGUGCCUGAAGUUCAGCUAACUGUGUCCCAGUUCACGCUUCCAAAGAGUCUUCGGAUUGCCGGUGCUGUUCUGGAUCUCAAUAAGGUAGCCAGCACGAUUGGGGACUUUGAGUUGCCCACCAUCACCGUGCCCGAGCAGACAAUUGAGAUUCCUUCCAUCAAGUUCUCUGUACCUGCCGGAGUUUUCCUUCCUCUCUUUGGAGCCCUGACUGCACGUUUUGGGGUGGCUUCUCCCCUUUAUAAUGCCACCUGGAAUGUUGGGUUGAAAAACAAUGCGGAUCAUGUUGAAACCUUCCUGGAUUCCACAUGCAGCUCAACUUUACAGUUCCUGGAGUAUGACCUAAACGUUGUGGGAACGUACAAAAUUGAUGAUGCCAUGUUGAGCUACAAGAUCAAAGGGACGCUGGACCACAGUGACCUCAGUGCAGAAUACGAAGAAGAUGGCAAAUACAAAGGACUGGAGGACUGGGAAGGGGAGGCGAGCCUGGACUUCAGAAGCCCUGCCUUCACCGAGCUCCACUUACGCUACCAAGAAGACAGGAAUAGCAUGUCCUCCUCGGCAGCCUCUCCGGCCAUAGGCACUGUGGGCUUGGACUUGGAAACAGAAGGUGACCGCAGCUUCAAGUGCAACCUCUACUUCCAGCCUCAGUCCUCUUCAGACAAAAAACUCACCAUACUCAAAAUGGACUGGAAGUACCAGGAAUCUGGUGACAAAACCCAGAUGAGAUUUAACUGGGAAGAAGAAGCGGCUUCCAGAUUGCUGAGCUCUCUAAAGGACAAUGUCCCGAAGGCCACAGGAGCCUUGUAUGACUAUGCUGACAAAUACCACCAGGAGUACACGGGACUCAACCUGAAAGACGCUUCUGCAAAGCUGAAGAGAAGUGUGCGGGAGAGUGCGGAAGGAGCCUUCCGAACAGCCCGGAGGCAGCUCGAGGAGCUGGAGGCAGAGGUCCAGACUGCAGCCAGCAGCACUACGGGAGCCUACCAGGAGUGGAAGAAAAAUGCCCAGGAUCUGUACCAAGACCUGCUAGCUGAGGAGGGACAAAACAACUCCCAGAGACUCAAAGAUGAGGUGUUUGACAGUUUGAUACAAGUUACCCACAAGUACCACAAGGCAGCCAAGCACCUGAUCCACUCAUUCAUUGAUUUCCUGAAGCUCACCAGAAUCCAGCUUCCGGGGAUGAAUGGAACAUACACUAGGGAUGAACUCUGCACAAUAGUCAUGAGGGAAAUAGGGAAAAUACUGUCUCAGGUAUAUUCAAAUCUCCAAAAUGGGUUAGAGAAGCUGCUUUCCUAUACCCAAGACCUAGUGGAGAAAUCAGAAGUAAUCAGAGACCUACAGAUUGAACUUCCUUAUGAUGCAGGGCGCUACAAACUAACAGAAGUGAUUCUGAACUGUAGGAAACUGUUGGAAUAUUUAUCACAAGAAGUUCAAAAGGCAUUAAUUGACCUCCAGUCUAUCAAAUUUUCAGAGAAACUAAGUGACCUCCAAAGCUUUUUACAAAUCGUUUUCCAAGAGAUAGAAGCAGAAAUUAAAUCCUUAAAGGAAACCAGACUUAGUCACCUCACUAAUACUGUAAGGGAAGUCAUCAAUACAUACAUCCCAUUUACAUAUGGUGUGCUUAAAGAGGGCCUAUCCCUUCACAUCAAUGAGCUUGUUGAAUUCUAUCUUCAGACUACUUCCCAGGGAUUGCUGCAGAUCCAUCACUAUGUAAAGGCGCUUCGUGAAGAGUAUUUUGACCCAAGCAUCAUCGGCUGGACAGUAAAAUACUAUGAACUUGAAGAAAAGAUAGUUGACCUGAUCAAGCACCUAGCAGCUUCCCUCAAAGACCUCCAUUCCAUGUACACAGCCCAUGCUACCAAGUUUGCCUCCCAGCUCUCAACCCAGGUUGAGCGAUUUGUCCAAGAGUAUCUUAGCAUCUUUGUGGAUGCAGACGGAAAGGGGAGGGUGAAGAUUGCAGAGCUUUCUAACACUACUCAGGAAGGAAUUCAAACCUUGACCACUGCAAUGAAGGAGAUUGUUUCUGAUUACCAGAAGCAGUUCACAUCUAAACUGCAGGAGCUUUCAGACCAAUUCUCUGAUUACCAUGAAAAAGUCAUUGCCUUGUUCCAAGGACUGAUUGACCUAUCCAUUGAAAAUUACCACAUGUUGCUAAGAUACAUCACCGAGGUACUGGCAAAGCUACAAGCAGCCACAGCCAAGGGUGGGAGCCCCUCCAUCCAGCUGACUUCAGGAGAACUUAUCAUUACUAUCUAAUCUUUCAAAGCAGUCCUCACUUAUGGGUGUAUGACAAUUAAACUUUCGCACAUAAUGAGUGGGAAACUCAAACUAUUGAUAAAACACAGGUUGCACCAGCCUGCAAAGGCACCUGACUAAAGGCAGAACGCACAUGAACUGGACCUGUGCUGAGGCUGGCGUGGGGGCUCUAAGCUCUCUGAACUUGGGGUGGCAUUUUUUUUUCAAGUUAAAUAAAAUCAGGAUCUGACUUAUUUUGCUAAACCCGGGAUGGGGAAGGGGCAAAUAAAUGGAUUCUGUAUUCUGUAUCAUA